AUGGGGCUUUCCGCGGGGCCGAUGCGGGCGCCACCCACCAUGGGGUUGCCCACCCCAAUGUCAAGGAAGACGCUGGCCCUGAGCCACCAGCCGGUAACGGAGCGGAGGCUGGAGUUGAGGCUGCUCCCGGUGCCGAUGGCACCGAGAUUACAAGAAACAUUGAUGGCAGAGUUUGGGACCGCAUCGUACGCGGUCAUAAGCAACCACGGAGGUGGUGGCCGCGGUGGUAGCCGUGGAGGUGCCCGUGGUGGCCGAGGUAGUGGUGCCGGUGAUGCCCGUGGAGGUGGUUUCUACGGGGCCGAUACGGGUCCCGCCUACCAUGGGGUCGCCCACCCCAAUAUCGAAGAAGACGCUGGCCGUAGCCACGAACCGCCCGCCGCUGGCGGAGCGGGUGACGAGGCUGCGGUUGAGGCUGCCCCCAGUACCGGGGACAUUGAGAUUCCGUUGAGAAACCGCGAUGAAGAUUUCGAGAUACAGAUGAACUUUGACGGAGAAUGCUCCAUUCAACCGUCCUCAUCAUCUUCAUCUUCCAUCGACGCCGUCAUCGCCAUCAUCAUCGUCACCAUCGAUAUCACCGGCCAGGUCACCCCCAAAAACACCUACAAACGGUAUCACCGACCUCCAUCAAAACAAACAAUCUCAACAUACGCUAACGAGGGCUUCUCUCGCGUAGAGUUUUUUCCAUUCCACACAAAUGCCUCUCCUUCGACGUACCUCUCAAUCCGCUAA